AUGUUGGAUAGCUCUUUAUCUUGGUCGGCCUCUGCUAUGGACGACCUGAUUGGUACGGAGAGCGGCGUCCCAAUCAUGCUAACCGAGGAACAAGAGAAAUUAGGAUUUUUGAAAAAUACAGUAGAAUUUAGCAUGAGUCGUAGGAAUGAAGCUAAGAGCACCCGGAGUACUACUACUCAGAGGAGUGAAAAGAUCAAGAGAGAAUAUCCACCACCAAUACCAUUGCUUGCACAGACUGGGAACUUGCAAGGUCGUAUGCCCUGGAUUUUGACCAAGCAUUAUGAUCACUCUAAUGGAAGGCUUGUCCUUAAAGGAGAGAGAGUGAAGCACCAUGAGUACUUCGAAGCCCACCGGGAGGACGGUCGCCUUAUUUUGAACCUUGUACCUCUGGACAAUGCCCUAGCAUGUUUUGACAGUGCCCUAACAUGUUGUGAUGAAGAAAAUGAAGAAGAGCUUGAAAUGGACGAAGACCUCCAAACCGUCGAUGAAGAAAACGGAGAUGAUGAGGAGGAUGUUGGCGAGGCUGAGGAGGAUGACGAUGAUGAAUGUGAUCGGAACAAGGUGAAUGAGACUCACCAGGAUGUGGAGAAGAAAGCAAUGGAUGUGAUAUCGGGUAAUAAUUCGGUGCCUCAAUCACAUUUGAAGAUGAGUAUAUUUGAAAGGUAUCGAAUUCGAAGUCUACCCAAUUUGAAAAACGCAGGUGAGAACAAUAUGGUGGAGUUUGGUUCAACUUCAUUUUAUGAUGUUGCUCAAAAUAUCCAUGAGCACCCGCAGAGCUGCUUAGGCCACCCUGCUUCAGCUCCUCUUCGUCCAAUGACUCCUGUCAUGUAA